GUUUGGUUCUGCUGCUCGUUUCACGUAGCAGCCUGGGCUAGGGCUUGAGUGCCCUUCGACAGAUGCUGUCGCAGAGCACUCUAUCGCCAGCGGAGCGGCGCUUCCUGGAGGACGGCGUGCGUCAAGGCUUCCGCAACGACGGCCGGGGACUGCUGGACUAUCGGCCAUACACUGUGGAAACCGGGAUUCUUCCAUCAACAUCAGGUGGGAUGUAAGGCUGGGCUUCUUGUUGGAGUAGGGUCACGGCCUGUUUCCAUGUUUGCGCGUCUGCUUGCAGGUUCCAGCCGUGUGCGAAGCUUCGGCACUGACGUGCUCUGCGCCGUCAAGGUAAUACACGUACUGUAUCCGUUCGAAUCAGCCUCACAUCUGAGGGGCGAGGCUAGCUGCAGUCACACUAUCCCUCCCACACCGGUCAUGCGUGGCUCAGGUUGACAUGGGCUCUCCGCCAGCCGACAAGCCCGACGAGGGCGUCGUGUCCGUCAACGUGGAAUGGUGAGUGGCCAAACCAGCCACCCAUGAAACAAUGGCUGUUCAUGUACCUGCUGUGUGCUGGGCUGUUCAUCAGCUCGGCGUCUGUAGCGCCUCACGGUGAGCUGGAGGGCGGGUCGAGUUCGCGUGCGACGGGUCGUGUGGGUGGCGGGAGGAGGGAUGACAGCGGGGAGGGCUGGAGUGCCUACCUGGGGGCGCUGCUCGACGACCUCUGCCUGCCCCCGUGUGCGCUCGACAAGAAGGCCCUGUGCGUGUCGCCACACGUCUACGCAUGGCACGUCAAUGUCGAUAUUCUGGUGGGUCGGUGGGUGAUCAAAGGGGAGGGGAGUCAGCCUGGCCUGGCAGCCAUCGUGUGUGUGUGUGUCUGUGUGUGUUGGUUGAUCGAUCAGUUGUUGAAUGCCGCUGGCGGCGUGUUGGACGCCAUGAGCCUCGCCAUGCGAUCCGCCCUCCGCGACACCACGUAAGUAACCAGACCACACACACAGCCCUGUGGACACAUCAACCUCUCGUGUGUAUGUGUGUGCAUGUGUGUGUUGUGUGCGCAGGUUGCCGAGCGUAUCCGUUGGUUCCCGCGAUGAGUGGGAGGAGGAAGACACUGCGGAUGGCGUGCAGCAGUCCAAGCCUCCCUUCGAUGUGGACGAGCGGCCCACGGCGGGGACGCCAUUCCCCGCACAGGACAUCCCUGUCUGCGUCACUGUCGGACAGGUCAGUCAGCCACUCAAGGAACGAAGAUCCGGCCAUCUACCUGUCAUCUGUCGCUUGUGUGUGGUGUCAGGUGUGCAGUCACUACGUGUGGGAUAUGUCGUCUGAGGAGGAGAGCUGCGCGGAGGCCCAGGUCACCGUGGCCGUCGACAGAAACGGACGAUGCGUCGCCGUACACAAAUCGGGUGGAUACACAUACACACACAUACAGCAUGACGCCCACAGCAGUCUUCGGACGCACCUAUCUGUAUGCAAUAUGUGUGUGUGUAGGCAUGGCAUCGAUUGACCCGACAGGUCUUCUGCAAGUGCUCAAGGACGCCGGCCGUGUGGGCGUCGAGCUCAUCAAGAAGCUUGAGGCGGCCAUGGCCAAGCUGGGGACGGGGCAGCCAGUGGUGCGGGAGAGGCUGGGGUUCAUGGCCGCCUGACUGAUACAUGUGAUCGACGUGAGUGAUAUAUCUAGGUCUGUCUGCGUGAGGGUGUGGUGUGCAGCCACUAGCUAGCUAGGACAUUUGUGUGCCAAAUGGAUGAGGACGUGACGUGACGAGACGAGACGUGUAUUCAAUCAAGA